GACUGCCCUUGCGCUGUCACGAUGGUCGAGGCUCGAGGGUCGAGUCCAGUCUUUUUGAUGGUUGCAGUUGGCUACGUAUGGGAGCGUAAUCCGUAAUCUGUUCGCAGCCAGGGCCAAUUUCCCAGAUAAAGCUGUGAUUGGCCACCCUUGGCAGAACGCAACCCAUCCCAGCACCGCCGAGUGCCCACCACCACCACCGGUUCCCCCUGUCGCUUUUACCCACAACCCGCGUUCCCCUUUCGAGAACCUGACGCUCCCUUUGCCCCCAUCCCCGUCACAGGCGUCCCCCCUAAAAAAAAAGUCCAAGUCGAGGAGCAUCCAAGCAACAACCUCGCCCAGCCCUACACAUCACCAGGCACACUCCAAGCAGAAGUACCGACAAACAAAGCCUCCUAGCACCCCUAGCACCGCACUUCUCCUUCCUCAGCUCACUGUCGCAGUUCUUCCUCCCAUACGGUCGCAGCUGGCUUGGCCAUCCACUCGUUUUGUUCACACCGCAGCACGACCUACAACGUCCUGCCGCGCCGCAGCCAACACUCGUCUCAAAUUUCUCGACGUUGGCUUUUUACCCUUCUCUCGACAUCGACGUGAUAUCCAUCCGCGAGCCCUCGAGGAGCAUUCAGAUCUAACAACACAACGACUGCAAAGAUGGGCGUCGACGAGAAGGUUCGCGCCUCUGGCGAGCAGGUCCGAGAUACCCUCCCGACAGUCAACCCAGACGUCGAGAAGUCGCAACCACCCAAGCCAUCACUCCAUCCGGCUUUCUACGUGACCAUCUGGAUUUCCCUGAGUUCCUCCGUCAUCCUCUUCAACAAAUGGAUUCUCUCCACGCUCGGGUUCGAAUACCCGGUCAUCCUCACGACCUUCCAUUUGGUGUUCGCUACCGUCAUGACCCAGCUCCUUGCUCGCUACACCACUCUCCUCGAUGGCCGCAAGACGGUCAAGAUGACUGGCCGGGUCUACCUUCGCGCCAUUGUUCCGAUUGGUUUCUUCUUCAGCUUGAGCUUGAUUUGCGGCAACUUGACAUAUCUCUACCUUAGCGUUGCCUUCAUCCAGAUGCUCAAGGCUACCACUCCUGUCUUCGUCCUCUUUUCCAGCUGGGCGCUCGGCGUCUCUCAGCCUAACCUGAAGGUCUUCCUCAACGUCUCAGUCAUUGUCGUCGGUGUGGUCAUCGCGUCGAUUGGCGAGAUCAAGUUUGUUUGGAUUGGCUUCAUCUACCAGAUCUUCGGCAUUGCCUUCGAGGCCCUCCGCUUGACCAUGGUUCAGCGCCUUCUGAGCUCGGCUGAGUUCAAGAUGGACCCCUUGGUGUCGCUCUACUACUUCGCCCCAGUUUGCGCUGCCAUGAACUUUGUCGUUGCUCUCUUCUGGGAGUUCCCCAAGCUUAGCAUGCAGGAGGUGUAUGACGUUGGUUUCAUGACCUUCUUCCUCAACGGCUUGUGCGCUUUCGCCCUCAAUGUCUCGGUUGUCUUCUUGAUUGGCAAGACUUCUUCGCUCGUCCUUACUCUCUGCGGUGUGCUCAAAGAUGUGCUCCUUGUUGUUGCCUCCAUGAUCAUCUGGGGCACCCAGGUUACUGGCCUCCAGUUCUUUGGUUACAGCAUCGCCCUUGGUGGCAUGGUCUACUACAAGCUCGGCUACGAGGCCAUCAAGGGCUAUGCUGGCGAGGCUGGUCGCCAAUGGGCUGACUUUGGCAACCGCCGCCCCAUCCUCCGCCGCAUUUCGAUCAUGCUCUUCACUGUCAUGACCGUCUUUGUCCUCCUCGGCGGUCUCGCCCCUACCUAUGCGCCGGGCAUGGACCCCACCGAAUACCUGAACGAGGCCAAGAACAAGAUCGGCAUCGCCAGACUAUAG